GAAGAAAGCGAACGACGCCGUUUGUAGCGUGCGGCUUAACACAUAAGGCAGAAGCCGGUUAAAGAAGUCCCAAAUGAAAGAACCCUACACUUGUCCCAAAAACCCCGUAGAGCACUUGACACAUAUCGAGAGAUCCAUCGCAAAUAUGUAUUACAGAGGAAACUACAUUGACAGUGGAGAUGCUCGUGAAAUGGGCUUCAAAAGGCAACGCAUAAUGGAUCAAGGUUCCUCAUAUUAUGCAACUCCUCCAGGGUCAAGUUAUCUGUACAAUCCUCCUCCUCCUCCUCCUCCACCUGCCCCGGCAUACUCUUACCAUGGCCAGCCUCCACCGUUCCCUGUUGUUCGACUCCGUGGCCUCCCCUUUGAUUGCUCAGAGACUGAGAUUGCUGAUUUCUUGCAUGGUUUGGAUGUAGUUGAUGUGCUUUUGGUUCACAAAGGUGGCAGAUUUACAGGGGAAGCAUACUGUGUUUUAGGGUACCCUCUUCAAGUUGAUUUUGCUCUUCAGAGAAACAGGCAGAAUAUCGGGAGAAGGUAUGUUGAGGUUUUCAGAAGCAAGAAGGAGGAAUACUAUAAGGCUAUAGCCAAUGAAGUUUUUGAUUCUCGUGGCGGUUCAGUUCCGAGGGGUAGAUCUUUAGAUGAUAGCAAAGAUUCAGCAGAACACACUGGUGUAUUAUGGCUGAGGGGAUUGCCAUUCUCAGCUAGCAAGGAAGAUAUUAUGGAUUUCUUCAAAGAUUUUGAACUUGAGGAAAAAUCAAUCCAUAUAACAGCUACUUUCGAGGGUAGACCCACAGGGGAAGCAUUUGUUGAAUUUGCUAGUGCAGAUGAUUCAAGAGCUGCAAUGGCCAAGGAUAGGAUGACAAUAGGGAAUCGCUACAUAGAGCUUUUCCCUUCAUCGCCUGAAGAGUUGGAGGAAGCAGUUUCUAGGGGCAGAGUACUGGAUAAACCAGUGGACGGGAGAGACCCAAAUGAAGUCACGUCUAUUUUGCGGAUGAGGGGUUUGCCAUUUUCUGCUGGCAAGGAUGAUAUCAUGGAUUUCUUCAAAGAAUUUGUGUUGUCAGAGGAUGCAAUUCAUGUCACUUUUCUUUCUGAUGGAAGGCCAACUGGAGAAGCUUUCGUAGAGUUUGCAAGCACCGACGAUGCCAAAGCAGCACUGGCGAAGGACAGGAUGACACUUGGAAGCCGUUACGUUGAGCUUUUCCCAUCAUCAAUCGAGGAUAUGAAUUACGCCACAUCAAGGGGGCGGUGAUAAGUUUUGUUUUUCGUUGGUUAAAUAAUCUUAAUGUUGUAACUUGGGAAUUUGGUGGUAGUUUCCUGCGAGAUUUGAUUAUUAUUAUUUUUCGCUGCAUGAGAUAGAAAUGACUUUAGCAACUGCUGCAGUUAUAUGUUUGCUUUUAGUUUCAUGAGUUCAUGGUGUCACUAUUUCUGUGAAAAGUACUGCAUUUUGUCAUUAAACCUUUAACAAGACUAUGUUGCUUGAUA